AUGAGGCCUCGAGUUCCAGCUGUUCCCCUGGACUCAUGUGGAACAUGUCACGAGGGGCUGUGUGGUGAGGCUUCCACCAUUCCCGCCCUCCUGGGGUUUCAUGUGGCGUGCGUGGGCACCAAGUGGAGCGGUGGCAUCGUGCCACAGCCUGCCGUGGCUCCAUCCAAGCCCUGCUGUGGUCUGAGUGUCCAUGGCUCUCCCCUCACUCGGGCUGCCAUCUCUGGGGCGGAGGGGAGGGACGCGAGGUCUCCGGCUUCACGGUACUUUGUUCUGGAUUUUGAGGCUGGCAUCCUGCAGUAUUUUGUGAAUGAGCAAAGCAAACACCAGAAGCCCCGAGGAGCCCUGUCUCUGGCCGGAGCCAUAGUGUCCCUGAGCGACGAAGCCCCCCACAUGCUGGUGGUGUACUCCGCUAACGGAGAGAUGUUUAAGCUGAGAGCUGCUGAUGCGAAAGAGAGACAGUUUUGGGUGACUCAGCUUCGCGCUUGCGCCAAGUACCAGAUGGAAGUGAAUUCUAAGAGCACUCCAAGCUCCCGAAGCCGAAGUCUCACUUUGCUCCCCCACGGAACACCCAAUUCUGCGUCUCCCUGUAGCCAGAGACACCUCAGUGUGGGGGCCCCCGGUGUUGUCACAAUCACGCAUCACAAGUCGCCUGCCGCCGCCCGAAGAGCCAAGAGUCAGUAUUCCGGCCAUCUUCACGAAGUCAGAGAGAUGAAGGCAUGGAUGCUCAGGAAUAUGUCUGAAGUCACCUGGAGAGUUAUCGGCAUUGUCAAGACUCAAACUCAGUUGAUCUUUUGGAUGAUGACCCAGGUGGAAGGACAGCAGAGGAACCUCGUGCACGCCAUCGAGUCCCUGCCGGGUUCUGGCCCGCUCACCGCCUUGGACCAGGACCUGCUGCUCCUGAAAGCCACCUCUGCUGCCACCCUCAGCUGCCUCGGGGAGUGCCUCAGCUUGCUCCAGCAGAGCGUGCACCAGACGAGCCAGCCCAGCCACAAGCCAGGGGCCUCAGAAAACAUCCUGGGAUGGCACGGGCCCAAGUCGCAUUCCACAGAGCAGCUGAAAAACGGGACACUUGGCUCCCUGCCAUCAGCCAGUGCCAACAUCACCUGGGCAAUUUUACCCAACUCCACAGAAGAUGAGCCUGCCUUACAGCCAGAGCCAGAGCCAAACUCGGGCCCUGAGUUGGUUUUGUCUGAAGACGAGCAAAGCGAUAACGAAGAGAAGGAAGAGACGGAGUUGGGAGUCAUGGAGGAUCAGCGGAGUGUCAUCCUUCAUCUCAUUUCACAACUCAAGCUCGGAAUGGACCUGACCAAGGUAGGCUGGCAUGCCCCGCCCCGCCCCCGGUUGUGUGGGCUCUCGCCCUGUCCUCGGGCCUCUGCUGUGCACAUUCUUUUCAUUGUGGCGAGGUUGGAGGAGAGCGGGGGAGAGGCCAGGAUGGCUUUCAAGGGUGGACACUGCAGCUCCGGCUUACUCCGGAGGCAAGCAGGAAAGGCGGCUGUGUGUGUAGCCGAAAGUUUGUGCGAUGUCACUGGGCACGAUCCUGAAGGCCAGCCAGAGAAAAACGUGGACACGCCGGAAACGCUCGCCCUCCUGAAG